GCAAGAGGAAGAAGUGUAUUACAAGCGAUGUUUCUCGAUGAUUCUCCGCUCUAUGUGAAUGCUGUAAGCUGUCAAUCCGAUUCUGCAGGAGCUAUAAACUCAAAUUUGGAAGCAAAAGAAACCAACGAUGCCGAACCAGGCAAUCGAGUCAAGAAGUUGAAGCUCUUGGAGGAUUCGCCCGAGGCAACUCAUUUUAAACUGAAGCCAGCUGAAGGGAAAAUUUCGCCUCAGCCGGCCCAAACUCUGCGGCAAUUGUUGAGUAUGGACGACGAGCCAUGGCCAGCAACAACAGUAUCUGCAUCUGGAGCUGAAGAUGGAGACGACAAAGGCAAAGAAGAAGAACAAGGCGAAGAAGAAGAAGCGGUAGUCGAAGAACUUCAAAGCAAUAGAACCGACGAGCCUCUCGCUAAGUCUAAAAGCUUCUCGGGGCAACUGUGCAAGCAGAAGGACUUGGCGCCCACUUCGCAAUGCCCUAUAAAUGGGGAAAUUGUAGAGCAGGUGACCUACUUUGACACCUGGUAUGUUAUACGGCACACACUCGUUCCGGUUGACACGCGUCAGCAGCGACAUUACUUGAAGCUACCGCUGGUCAAGCUGGCCAAUGCGGCCAACCACAUGAAAUUGCCCACGGCGAACUGGAGCAGCAAGGUCACCCUGUAUAAGGUGGCCCCAGCUGUGCUACAACGUCACACCCUGACCAUAUACACCGGCGACCUGAAGGUGCACAAGAUACCCGAGCGGGAGCGCCACAAGUAUCAGCCGUCCUGUGUGAUCUUUCGCCGGGAGCUGCCGCCCGAGGAGCACAACAAAUGCCAUGUGCCCUUUGAUCGUGUCGUCAUCUUCAAGCACAACCAAUUUUCGGUCAAUUUCGAUGGCAAGCUAGUCAAUCUAGCGGGUGCCCCGGAGGCGGUCACGUCUCUGCAGGAUGUGCAAAAAUUACUGGAUAUUGUGGACAGCAUUACGCUGUCCCAUUCAAUGGUGGAAGUAGUAAUGUCCAAAUGAUGACACCUCUCUUAUUCCGAGUCAAAUAAACCGUAUA